GAGGGAGGGUGAAAAGGCUCACUAUGUAACCAAUGGUAACUUCAGGAAUACGCUAACCUCAAUUCAAUAAAACCUCGUUUUCGAGAGUGCAACAAAUUCUCAUUGCAUAUUCUUCAACAGCUGCCAUGAAAACAUUCACUGGACAAUUGAAGCAAGGAAAACUUUUCUUCAAGUUCAUUAUCAAAUGAUUUCUUCUGGAAAUACGAACGAAAGGACAAAAUGCUGUAAUUGUUGACGACUUGGUGAGUUUUGCUAGCAAAGUACUGGCGUUACAAUGUAACUUUGGGUUGGAAACCUUACUACUGAAUUAUGGAACCCUUUACCAAUAAUUGCAGUUCAAAUGAAAUGUUUUUCGGCAAUGUAUUGGAACAGUUGGAAUCAGCUGCACUUCUUGAUGUAUCGUCUCUUGAAGCAAUAGCUGCAGAUAUCGAUUUGAAACUUGAAAACUUGAAAGAGCGAGUAACUGGGGUUGGCAGCAAUGUCAAAUUUGUUGCACCAGUGGAUGACAAGCAAGGUUUUGGUUGUGAAUCACGCUGUGAAAUUGACCCAUUGGCUUUAAACUGCUUUCUCACAAAUGUUGUUCAGGCACUAGAAUGCAAUGCAGGUUCUGAAGAUGCCAUCCUGAAAGAACUGUUGAUUUUUUGUUCCAGAAAUGGUUUCUUGUUGCCAGCUGUUACUGUUGAUGUCAAAAGGGACCCUGAAGGCUCUUCUACAUCCCUGAAUACAGUUUCUGGGGAAGUGGAAGAGACAACUUUUGAACUGUGGCACAAAAUAAAGUCAAAGCUAAGGACUGGAAUUUCCAGCCAAUUACAACAAGGAAAUAUAUUUUCUCGGUUGAAUUUUGAACAGCCAAUGUACCAAAAAGAGAUAAUGAAAAGAAUUCAAAUAAUUGAUUUAUUUAUGGCUGUUUUCCCUAUAAAUGAAAUAUUACAGUUGUAUUCAAGAACCAGAGAGCAGCAAUUAGAAAUCUUUUUAUCUGGUACAAAGAAGUAUUCUGUUUCAUGGGCUGAUGAAGAGAAUGUUGACAAGGUAAAGAUGGUGGAAAACCUUGAGACAUUUGUUGUUAACCAGCUGGACAUGCUGAACAUGGAUAUCCCAGUUCUAUGGAAAAUCAAUGAAUAUAUGCCUUCUUUCAGCAUAAGAUUGUUUAUUGAAAGUGUCUACCUACCGCAUUUGCUGACUGCAAUUGGCAAGGUCGUAAGGCAUUUUGGAGGGAGUAGUUCAGAGAGCGUGCGUGACACACACCUUACAUUGGCUUUCAAACCUAAAGAGGGACCAACCCCUGUCUCAAGCCUCGAUGACGUCAGAUUUAUAGCUAAAGCUUUUGCUAUCGCAUGGAACUGGGAAAAUGAAGUAGCUGAAAUAAUAGAGUAUUUUGCCAUCAAGCCAGAACGAAGAUUCAGUGGUGAGUGCAUCAGAAGUGUUUUGAAGCCGUCGACAUCAAUAUGUUCGGGAUCAGGCAGAACCGAAGGCCUUGAUAAUGUCAUCUGGGACGAGGACAAAGACAGAACUAAAACAGGUGCAGAGACGAAGUGGCCAUGGAGAGAACAGUUCAAAUGCAUUAUUUCUACUCUGAGUAGUUUUAUUCGUAAGAAUCUUCCUGCUGCAAACUACUUGCUUGAUUUGAAAGAAACUGAUGAAAUGACUGAGCUUAUACAUGUCAAUGAUGAUUUGUUAUACGACAACUGGAAAUACCCUAAAAAGCUUCCAAAGAAUUACGCCAAGGUUGUCUCCUUAUUCGAUGAGCUGGUGACUUUAGCAAGCCUCGGUGGUGGAGCUAUCUUUGAACCAGUUAAAGAAUCCUUCAUUGACGGAGUAACCACUUUUUUGAGGGACUGUCAUAAAAGCCUCAAUGACACUCUAGAGUCCCUUCCGGCCAAUUGCAGUGUGAAGACUAUUUAUUCCAUAAUUUGUUCAGCGUCGUUCCUUUAUCAUCAUCUCGUUUUCUACGAAGGCUGCAUAGCAAGUGAUGGCAAGAAGCCCUUUCGAGAUCUAACUCAGCUGUUCAAAGAUUUGCUAGACAAUGCAAAGACGAACGUCAUUAUGUAUCACUUGAAUGUUAUCACCAAUUCAAUAUUACACGAACCACAGAGUAACAACUGGUCUGACCACAAAGCAUUUUUUGAAGGUGAGAGGUACUCUUAUUGCAUCCAAAUGUGGUCCUUUUACAUGAAAUGCAUAUAUCUAGAUGUUUGGCAUCAAUUGCCGCAGAGAGAAAGCAAAGAAAUAUUGCUCGCCAUUCUCAACGAUAGUGUUGUCAUUCUAACCGGAAGGUACUCAAAGAUUAGGCCCUCAGAAGCAAGAACAAAACAAUAUAGGUGUGACGUGUCAGCUAUCUGUGAUGUAAGCACGUGGCUCAUUUGGAGUUUGUCAUCGUCCUACAAAGACAUUCUCUGUUCACCACUGACGGCCUCCAAGAUUCACAACUGCCACUCUUUAUGUUCAAUUAUGCUCCUCAACAUGUUGAUGGUUUCAGCUCCCCUGAAAAGUGUUGCAGAUUACCUUACCAACAAGGACGAAGCAGAAAAGAUCGAUCGUGAAAAUUUUGUGCCAGAAAGAAUCUUAUUUCAGUGGUCAGAGCCGUGUCUCUUUCCGACAUGCGUGAACAGCCUAGGCGAAAUGGAUGCAAAGAAAGCCGUUUUCGUUGUUUACAAGACACUAGUGAGUCAAGCAAAUCCAGCUUGGCCCUUGGUUUGCCAGUUGGUUCUUAUGAAAGAUGCUCUUCUGCCAACCUUAAUAGCAAGCUCAUCAGCAGACGAUUUUCUUCAAAAUCAAGGCCCUUCUUCAACCAGUGCUGGAAAUGAAAGCUACCUGAAUGCCAACUUUGUUGAAUGCGUCGAAAAAGAAACAGAGAAUUUGGAUCUGGAGCUGUUUUUCAGCCAUGUUUACUAUUUGCUUUUUAAAUCCUCUGCGAAGUCAAAUGCUUUGGCACAUUUUCUGAUGGCUUUAGCAAAUCGUGAGAAUACCUGGGGACUUUUCGACAACCACAUAGUGAUGCGAGCCAAGGCUACACAUCAGUCGCCAGUUUGGUUGAAAAAUGUUGAGAAGACAUUGAUUCCCUUCCUUUCAAGGUCUUUUUUGCCAGCAUUGGAGAUGAUUUGUGAAGUUGAUCGCGAAAGAUGUCAACCAAAGUUUGCCUUUACGAACUUAGAGAUGCUUCCCUGUGGGUGCCCUACAGUUGCUGAAGACAACUCCUGCACCUUAUCCUCCGAGGGUGCAUUGCUAUACCAGUGUCUGGUCACAACUUUGAACGUUUUUACAGAAAAUCUCAACACUAUACCGCGUAUUAUUGCUGUAUUUUUCAAUAGACUGAAUGAAUAUCUGUAUCAGAGACACUUCAGUGCUGCAACAAAAUCACCCGGACUUAAGAUCCUUGCUUUCAUUUCCUACAAAUGGCUGACGAUUAAGGAAAACAUUUCACAGCUCUUCGAUUUUCAAAUCUCUUCCUCGACCAUGAGUCAGGUUGAAUAUUUUGCCGAGCUGGUCUGGCAUCUUCUAUUCAAUUUGACAACAGAUGUCUCACAAAACCCAUCAAUUCCAAGCGAAAUUUUAUCUUAUAUAAAAGGUAAUAAAGCUUGGCUGCAAGAAAAACUGAAGAUGCUCACAAACUACUUCAAAGCAAGUGUGGCUAACUCGUGUACUGGUACAAUUGAUCAGAUGUCAGACGUUGUAGCCGAGAGCCAGUAUAUCACAUUAACUUCAACCUUAAUGUCUGCCAAGGAAGGUCGUGAAUCUUUGAAGUUUGUUUAUGAGAUACUGAAAGCCAAUAAGGAAAAAGUAGAAAAAAAACUACUUGUUGCGAGAUCCUCUUCAUUUGAAGGAAAGAUGAGAUGUCCAAGCCAGGGCAUGGAUUUCGGGCAGUCCGAGGAAAAUCCGUUGAUGCAAUACGACGCAUUUGGAGAUUACAUUCACGACCAGGCCAAAACAAUGGAAUCUGAAAUGGACUUCUCAAAGUGGGUUCCAUAUAUUGAUAUAUCCCCUAUCUCUGUACAAAAAAGAGUUAUUCUCGAAAGACAGGAAUUUCUUCCAGACUCUUAUAAGUAUCUUACAGACGAAGAAAAGAUCGCCCACGAAAAACUGUUACGCUACUUUGAGGACCAUACGUCAAGUGUUUAUAGUGAUAGGCCGCUUAGUUCUAGUAGCUCGUCGACCAGGUCAUCAAAUACAGACCCAAUUUAAUGAAUUGCUAACAAUAAAAAUGAGGUAUCUUGAUUUUUGUAGGCCGAUAUGCAUACAUGCACUGUAGGCAUACAUGUAGGCCGACAUGCAUAGAUGUCUUCAUGGAGUUUCUGGGUAUUGAGGUGACGUCUCUUAGUGCAUGAAAUGUUUGGGAUGUGAACUGUUUUGAAAAAAGACAUCUUCAAGUUUCAGUUGUAAACAUGACACUUUCUGGGUUUCUACAGGGAGUUUUCUGGAUGUGGACUCGACGUUUACUUAAUGUAGACAUGAUGUAAUCUUAAUUGAUGCAACCUACCUUUUUUCAAUGUAGAUGCGAUGUUUUCUUGAGGUACACAUGACAUUUCUGGAUGUAGACAUGACGAUUCUUGAUAGAUGUUUCUCUGUGCUUAGACAUUAAGUUUCUGAGCAUAGAUCUGACGUUGCUGAAUUUAAAUGUGAAGUUUUCUGGGUGUUUUCACAAAAUUUUCAUGGUGUAGACAUAACGUUUCUAGUUAUGCACAUGACGUUUUCUGGUUGAAGAUGUGACGUUUUCUGGAUGUAUACGUGAAGUUCUCUUGGUGUAAAGUAACGUCUAUGGUUAUACACGUGACGUUUGCUGAAUGUAUUUUCUUGAUAAAGACAUACCGGCUUCUGGAUAUAUACAUUUUUGGUAUAGAUGUGACGUGUUUUGCAUGUAGAUUUACAUAACAUUUUUUGGGUGUAGACGUGACGUUUUCUAGAUGAAGACGUAAAGCUCCUGGGUUUAGACCUGAUGCUUUCCAGAUGUACAGAUAAUGUUUUCUUUGUGUAUUUAUACCAUAACAGUUAUAUUUAAUGUAAAUAAAUCUAUGGAAAGGUUAUUAAUGUAUAAGCAGAUUGCAUGGAUGACUUUGUUUGGUUUGAUUGUUUGAAACUUUUCAAUCAAAUACAUCUCUCUCUACUACGAAAGAUAGAGAGAGCUUCUCUAUUCUACAUACUGUAUUUUCAAAAGGCAAAAGAUUUCUAGGGCUACCCUUAAGUACGACAGACCUAUUAGAUUAGAAAAACGAUUGAUCCAUCAUACUUUUUACCUGGACAUUGAUCCAAUUUUCCAAGGCUAUAGGCUUACGUUUUUAGCAAAUUU